AUGCGAGCAACCAAAGUAACCAACGUUACGCUACUAGACAAAACUCUGACACGUCUCAUAGACGAUGUUAUAGAGAACAGGUCUGGUUUUCUUGCCGACAAUGAGAAUUUGCAACACUAUAAACACCAUCUGAGCCAUCUUGAGACAGCAUCAAAGUUAGCACUUCUUCGAGAAUGUCUAUGCGUGCGGCCGCCUUUGCCGCUUCUGCCGGAGGAUUUACUUCAAGACAUCGACACGGUCCUCGAACAUGUUCGUCGGCAUAAGAUCCUUACUCCACUCUCCUCCCUCUCGUCUUCCAGGACGAUUCAGCAUAGUGAAGCUCGAGCAACGAAUAUUCAUCUGUGGAGAGGUGAUAUUACGACUCUGACUGGCGUAACAGCUAUUACCAAUGCCGCGAACAGUCAGGGCCUGGGAUGUUUUCAACCAACUCAUCGAUGUAUCGACAACAUCAUCCAUGCUGAGGCAGGACCGCGGCUACGGGAAGAGUGCUUCCAGCGGAUGCAGGCCAGAGGAAAAGAGCUUGAGCCUGCAGAGGUACUUGUCACUGAAGGUCAUGCUCUCUUCGCUUCUUCAGUAAUGCAUACCGUUGGGCCACAGCUAAAGAGAGGUGCUUCACCUACAGAGACCGAGAGAAGGCAACUGGCGAAGUGCUAUGAGUCAAUUCUUGAAGCGUUGGAGGUUUUACCGUCUGACGAAGAUGGUAGCAAGUCUAUUGCUCUUUGUUGCAUUUCGACAGGCUUGUUUGCAUUUCCAGCCGAUGAAGCAGCUGAGAUAGCAGUGUCAACCGUCACGUCCUGGCUUCAGAAGCAUCCGUCAACGACGAUUACAGACGUUAUCUUCAACACAUUCACCCAAUCAGAUACCGAGUUUUACUCAAAACUUCUUGGACCUUCACAUACAAAAUCGAUCUCGCCCGUCGAAAAUACGCCGCAAGGUUCUCUCAGCUUAGCACGCGAGUGGCUAUCCUCAGCAGACGCUGUCCUCGUCACAGCUGGCGCAGGUCUAUCAGCCGCAGAAGGCCUGGACUAUCACUCCCGAGACCUCUUCAAGAGGAACUUCCCAGGAUGCCUCAAAUUUGGCUUGACAUCACUAUACAGUGUCUUUGGCUUCAACGACUGGCCUUCGGAGGAGCAUCGAUGGGGAUACUUCUUCACUCAUUUAAAUAUGGUAGCGAACUGGUCAAACACGCCGACUUACCAAACUUUGAUCCCAUGGCUGAGGAAUUUUGGGCGAGACGCGUUUGUGCGCACGUCAAAUGCUGACGGGCUGUUUCUCGCCAAUGGCUGGUCGAAUGAGCGACUUUCUACGCCGCAAGGCUCGUAUGGAUAUUUACAGUGCCUGAAUAACUGCAGAGUCGACGCUGUCGUGCCAUCGGCUCCUCUUGUAGCUGAUGCAAUGCUUCACAUUGAUAAGGCGACGCAAAAGCUGAUGGAUUCAAGCAAAAUUCCUCUCUGCCGGUUCUGCGGCUCGAAAAUGAGUAUCUGCGUUCGAGCGGGUUCGUGGUUCAAUCAAGCGCCCUACCAAGAAGGCGAAGCUCAAUGGAAAGCAUGGAAAUCUCGGGUUCUAAGAGAGAAGAAGAAUUUGGUGAUUCUGGAACUUGGUGUCGGAAUGAAUACACCUGGAGUAUUGCGAUGGCCGAAUGAAGAUUUGGUGAUGCGAAGUGACGGGCGAGUCAAGCUGAUUCGUGUUGGCAUGGGCCCAGAGGCGAUGGUGCCAUGGGAGCAGGAAGAUGAGGGUCUGAGCACUUGUAUUCAAGGCGACAUCAGGCGCGCGAUUCCUCUGUUGCUGGAAUGAAGCGGCGAUCACCAAUUAUUUGUAGAAGAAUUAAUAGAAGCCAUAAAGAAUGUAGAUCAUUCACUGCGCC